AUGCCUCUGGACAUCGAGGAGAUUCUUCGCAAGAAGAAAGCAGCAGACGCCGCUGCCGCGAAACCAAAGUUCAUCCCCAAAGCCCAACGCGAGCGCCUGGCCGCAGAGAAAGCAAAGCAGGAGGAAGAGGAGAAGAAGCGAAAGGCCACCGAAGACGAAGAGAAGCGAAGAGAAGACGAGCGCAAAUGGAAUUCGGCCUCGCGACGAGAUGCAGACACACCCAUGGGCGGGAGCUCUAAUGGAAGCACACAUGUCCCCACCGGGCCGAAGGCCAUGAAACAGGCAAAUGGGCGUGAUCGUCAGGAUGGCGGGCGCGACGGGCGCGAUGGGCGGAAGCCAAAGAACUCUGAGAAAAACGCCGUCGAGAAACGUUCAGCUGAGGACAUUGAAGCCUCGCUGUUGCGCUCGCGCUACCUCGGACCCGAGGUAAAUCAGCAGUCUAAUUUCUCGGCCAAGAAGAAACGGAUGAGGACUACGGAAAAGAAAUUCAACUUUGAGUGGGACGCAGAUGAGGAUACUUGGAGGGACCACGACCCUCUCUACGCAAACCAGGCUGUCAACCGAGGGUCAUCGCUUGCCGGUGUCGGAGGCGAAUUUGAUAACGAGGCUGAGGAGCGGGCCCGCAAGAGGGCACGGAUGAUCGAGCAGCGAGACAUGGAGAACGGAAAGGAACGGGCAAAGGGCAUCAUGGAGGAUUUCUACAGGGCUCGAGAGAAGGCACGAGAGCGCGCCGAAAGGACGGGCCUGGGCAGGCACUGGUCGGAGAAGUCUCUCUCAGAAAUGAGAGAGCGAGACUGGCGUAUCUUCAAAGAAGACUUCGGCAUCGCCACAAAGGGAGGCGCCAUUCCAAACCCUAUGCGCAACUGGAGAGAGUCCAAUCUACCCAAGCGUUUACUCGACAUUGUCGACCAUGUGGGCUAUAAGGAGCCGACACCGAUCCAGCGAGCAGCUAUACCCAUUGCACUGCAAGCCAGAGAUCUCAUUGGUGUCGCCGUGACCGGUUCCGGUAAAACGGCCGCCUUCCUCCUCCCUCUCUUGGUAUACAUCUCAGAUCUCCCUCCUCUCACCGAGGUGAACAAAAAUGACGGCCCCUAUGCCCUCAUUCUUGCGCCAACACGUGAACUGGUCCAACAGAUCGAGACCGAGGCUCGCAAGUUCGCUCAACCCCUUGGCUUCCGCACAGUCAGCAUUGUGGGUGGUCACUCUGUUGAGGAACAAGUCUAUGCCAUGCGGAACGGUGCAGAAAUCAUCGUGGCCACUCCUGGACGUCUAGUAGAUUGUAUCGAGAGGCGGCUGCUCGUUCUGUCACAGUGCUGCUACAUCAUCAUGGAUGAAGCAGACCGUAUGAUCGACCUUGGAUUCGAAGAAUCAGUCAACAAGAUCCUCGAUGCCCUGCCAGUCACCAACGAGAAGCCAGACACCGACGAUGCUGAAAACGCCCAACUGAUGAAACAAUACCUCGGUGGCAAAGACCGAUACCGCCAGACCAUGAUGUACACGGCCACUAUGCCACCCCUCGUCGAGAAGAUUGCGAGGAGGUAUCUCCGCCGCCCGGCCACGGUCACCAUUGGUAAUGCUGGCGAGGCUGUUGAUACCGUCGAGCAACGUGUCGAGUUCAUCCCCGGAGAGGACCGUCGCAAGAAACGUCUCCAAGAGAUUCUUUCUUCCGAUCAGUUUCCUGCGCCGAUCAUCGUGUUCGUCAACAUCAAGCGCAACUGCGAUGCCGUGGCAAGGGACAUCAAGCACAUGGGCUGGUCAGCCGUCACGCUCCACGGCUCCAAGACACAGGAGCAGCGUGAGGCAGCGCUGGGGUCGGUCCGGUCAGGCCAGACGCAGGUUCUCGUCGCCACAGAUCUGGCUGGUCGUGGUAUCGAUGUCCCGGACGUCUCCCUCGUUGUCAACUUCAACAUGGCCACAUCCAUCGAGAGCUACACCCACCGUGUCGGUCGUACAGGUCGUGCUGGAAAGAGCGGUGUUGCCAUCACUUUCCUGGGCAAUGAAGACACCGACGUCAUGUACGAUCUCAGGCAGAUGCUUAGCAAGAGCUCAAUCUCCAAGGUACCGGAUGAGCUGAAGCGCCAUGAGGCGGCACAAUCUAGACCUGUCCGUGGAGGCGCCAAGAAGGAUGAUGGAGGUGGAAAGGGUGGAAGAUGA